AUGAAGUCGCCGACCUCUUCAAUUCUUAGCCUUCUAUACUUGCUCUCAGCCCCCAUUUCGUCGGUCUACGCAGCUUCAGAGUCCGGAUCGAAAGAUGCUCUUUCUCCCUGCGUCGCACGCUCUCCAACCUCCGGUCUCUACUACGAUCUGAACGCUAUCUCUCUUUCCCCGUCCGGCUCCGACCACGAAAAGUCUCGCAAAACCACCCGCGAAGAAAGCUGGCACGCCAAAGGCCACGACUACUCGGCAAAUUUCACGCUGAAUGUCUGCGCUCCGGUGGUGGAGAACAUCACUAAUGUGGUGGGGAUUGAGCCCGAACGAUGGCAGAAUAUUAGUGCCUACUACACGAAGGAAGACAAGAUAUACUCGAUAGGGCAACAAGCAAACGAGCCUUUCUUCCGCGGACGCAAGCUGGUCUUGAAUUACACCGAGGGAUCUCCAUGUGCGGGCGAAUACAUCGGGAAUGGCUCGCGCAACAAGUCCACCAUCAUGUCCUUCCUAUGUGACCGUGAUGCUCAGGGAUCGCAGGCGAUUCCAUCCUUCGUCGGAACUAUGGAUGACUGCACAUAUUUCUUCGAGGUUCGGAGCGCUGCUGCCUGUGGUGGCAUUGCCCGCACCGACGGCGGCGAGGGUCUGGGACCCGCCGGCAUCUUCGGUGUGAUUGCUCUGAUUGCUGUCGCUGCGUACCUCAUCGGUGGCUGCGCCUAUCAGCGGACGGUCAUGCACCAGCGCGGCUGGCGACAAUGUCCGAACUUUAGCCUCUGGGCGGGGAUGCUCGAUUUUGUUAAAGACAUGGUCGUCAUCCUCGUCUCCUCUCUAGGCCGCCUCUUCCGCUGCCGACGAUCCCCUGCGCUCAGCCACCGCAGCAAUGGCAGUAUGCAUCGUGGCCGACGGUCCAGCAUAGACGCCGAGAACCGGCUAAUAGACCAGCUGGACGAACAAUGGGAGGAUUAA